AUGAUUUCUUCAAGGUUGUCCCGAGCUGUUCCGCGCUCAAGUCCCAUCUCUCGCCUCUCUCAGAUUCGAGCACCUCGCUCAUCAAUCAUCUCUCGAUAUGCCUCCACAGACGCGCCCGAAGGCACCGAAAAGGUCAAGGGCCAAGUUAUUGGUAUUGAUUUGGGUACCACCAACUCGGCCGUGGCUAUAAUGGAGGGCAAGACGCCCCGAAUUAUUGAAAACGCAGAAGGUACACGAACGACGCCCUCCGUUGUCGCUUUCACUGAAGGUGGCGAACGUCUUGUUGGUAUUGCCGCCAAGCGACAAGCGGUGGUGAAUCCCGAAAACACUCUGUUCGCCACGAAACGUCUGAUCGGCCGCAAAUUCACCGAUCCUGAAGUUCAAAGAGAUUUGAAGGAGGUUCCCUACAAGAUUGUGCAACAUACCAACGGCGAUGCCUGGCUUGAAGCCCGCGGUCAAAAAUACUCGCCGUCGCAGAUUGGUGGUAUGGUUUUACAAAAGAUGAAGGAAACUGCUGAGGCCUACCUCGGCAAGCCCGUCAAGAACGGUGUCGUCACCGUGCCAGCCUACUUCAACGACAUGCAGCGACAAGCCACCAAGGAUGCUGGUCAGAUCGCCGGUCUUAACGUUCUCCGUGUCGUCAACGAGCCUACUGCAGCUGCGCUCGCUUACGGUCUCGAGAAGGAAGAUGAUCGCAUUAUCGCAGUCUACGAUCUUGGUGGUGGUACUUUCGAUAUCUCCAUCCUCGAAAUCCAGAAGGGUGUUUUCGAGGUGAAGUCCACCAACGGUGACACUCACUUGGGUGGUGAAGAUUUCGAUAUCUCUCUCGUCCGACACAUUGUCCAGCAAUUCAAGAAGGACUCCAACAUUGAUCUGUCCAACGACCGCAUGGCCAUCCAACGUAUCCGUGAAGCUGCCGAGAAGGCCAAGAUUGAGUUGUCCUCUUCAUUAAACACCGACAUCAACUUGCCUUUUAUCACUGCCGACGCUUCAGGUCCCAAGCACAUCAACUCUAAGAUGACCCGGGCUCAACUCGAGAAAUUGGUCGACCCGCUCAUCUCCAGAACCAUUGACCCAGUGCGCAAGGCCCUGAAGGAUGCCAACCUCCAGGCCAAGGAGAUCCAGGAGGUCAUCCUGGUCGGUGGUAUGACUCGUAUGCCCAAGGUGGCUGAAUCAGUCAAGAGCAUCUUUGGUCGCGACCCUGCCAAGUCAGUCAACCCUGACGAGGCUGUCGCUAUUGGUGCCGCCAUCCAGGGUGCCGUCCUUGCUGGUGAAGUGAUGGAUGUUCUUCUGCUCGAUGUUACUCCUCUGUCCCUCGGUAUUGAGACCCUCGGUGGUGUCUUCACCCGAUUGAUCAACCGAAACACUACUAUCCCAACCAAGAAAUCCCAGGUCUUCUCUACUGCUGCCGACUUCCAGACUGCUGUCGAAAUCAAGGUCUAUCAGGGUGAGCGUGAGCUUGUUCGCGACAAUAAGCUGCUUGGUAACUUCCAGUUGGUUGGAAUCCCUCCUGCUCACCGUGGUGUUCCUCAAAUUGAGGUCACCUUCGAUAUCGAUGCCGACUCGAUUGUUCACGUGCACGCCAAGGACAAGUCUACCAACAAGGAUCAAUCUAUCACCAUUGCUUCCGGAUCUGGUCUAUCGGACUCUGAAAUCCAAAACAUGGUUGACGAUGCCGAGAAGUACGGUGUCCAAGAUAAGGAGCGCAAGUCCGCUAUUGAGGCCGCCAACAGAGCCGACAGUGUCUUGAACGAUACCGAGAAGGCCCUCAAGGAGUUCGAAGAUAAGCUCGACAAGGCUGAGGCCGACACCAUCCGCGAGAAGAUCGCUUCUCUGCGUGAGUAUGUUGCCAAGAACCAGUCCGGCGAAGGUACCGCCACGGCCGAGGAGAUGAAGGCCAAGAUCGAUGAGCUGCAAGGAUCUGCUCUUACAUUGUUCGACAAGAUGCACAAGGCUCGUGAGGAGCAACAACAACAGCAACCGCCUUCUGGCGAUGCCGGAUCUCAACAAGGAGGCGAACAGAAGCCUUAG